CUAGGGGGCGGUGCGCGCCGUUUCCUGUUCCGGUUCACCGAAGAGGAAGAAGGAGCAGAAGACGAGUUGUUAUUAUUCCUCCUGCAGCGGAGGUCAAUGAUGUAAAUGGGAGCGAAAUGUUAGCGAGAAGAACCCGCUCCGCGUUCUGGAGGUCGUGCAGCCUCUGUGAAUCCCUGAGGAGCUUCUCCGGCAGCCCGGCGGCUCGCAGAGGGAGUGAGAAGAAGAGUGGGAAGCACAGAGCCAGCGAGAGAUCUGAUUUCAUCCCUGCUGCGGGUUCCAAACACGACUGGAUUGGCCCCCCUGACAGGCUGUCAAAUCUUAGGCCAAUUGUUUACCACAUCCCUGAAAAUGAGAGUCCACUAGAGAGGCAGCUGAGGCACCUGAGACAGGAGACUGAAGAUUGGAACCAUAAUUUCUGGACAAAUCAGAACAUCACCUUCAGCAAGGAAAAAGAAGAAUUCAUCCAGUCUCAGUUUAAAGCAAAAGGCUUGAGCAUUAGAGAUGAGAAUGGAAGGAGGAGAACGCUGAGCAGUGAAGAGAUGGCCGUCUUUUACAAAGACUUUCUGGACAAGAACCGUGGGAAACAUGCCAGCUACAACAAGGAGUGGUACAGACGGAACUUCACCAUCACAUUCCUAAUGGGGAAGGUGUUCCUGCACAGAACCUGGAACAGGCUGGCUGGAAGGUGGAGGAGAACCACCCGAGCCUGAUCGUGUCUGGUGCUUAAUGAAGAAACCUCUUAGAGCGCCUCUUUUCGUAUCUGGACGGUGUCUUCCUUCAGGCACUGCUGAGAAGCCAGGUGACUAAUAGCAGAUCCAGAAAUGGGACGGGGGAUACCUGCUGCAGUGCAGUUUGCUAAACGGGAACACGCAGCUCCCUGCAGCUGGUGGAUGCACAUGGAAAAUGGACAAGAGAUGCAGCUGUAGCAUGAGUGUUUUCAGACUUUUUUGCACUACAGUUAUCUAUGGCUUGAGUGGUAUGGUUAAACAUUGUAAAUCAAUAUAGAAAGAUCAUGUCAUGAAACAGUGAUAUGUAGAAGUUUUAUAACAGAUUUUUCUCUGCUUUGUUAUUCACUUACAGUGUUUUCCUAGACAUCCUGGUAGUGUCUAAAAGUAUGAUGGUUGGGGAUUAAAACAUUCUUUUAUAAAUUC